AUGCCAUCUCGUAACCUCUCCCGGCGAGUUCUAGGUUCCGAUCGAGCAGCCAAGAUGCAAACGGUUGUAAUGGAGUGGCAAGAGGUAAAAGCCGGAGGCAGGGCGAAGACUAGGGAGGAGAUGCCAGCAGGCGCUGCUGCAGCCGUCCUGAGCCCCGAGAAUAAGGGACCCGUCACAGGUGAAUGGCACGACGAACGGUGUUAUCGCUCUGAUAAGCGUCAACGAACAGCUCCUGAGUCUGAGCGGAAAGUCAACAAAAAGUCAGGAGAUCGCCACAGCCAGCACAGCUGCGCGCAGAUUUUGAUCAAAUGCCCAAAUAUCCAAUACACACAUCUCCUCUCCUCUUCAACAUUUCAAGUCAUCAACAGCAUCCUCCCCAACAUCCUCCCCAGCAUCCUUUCCAGCAUCUUCCCCAUCUUCCCCAACAUCCCCAUCAAGCCCACGACCAUGACCAACACAUCCACUCCUACGACGCAGACGGCCCUGGUCUGUGCCGGCGCUGGCGAGUACCUCCUUGCCAAGGGCGUCCAGGUCGUCUCUCCGCCACCGCCCGGCAUGCUGCUCUGCGCCGUCAAGGCCGUUGCCCUCAACCCGGCCGACUGGAAGAUGGUCGACUUUUCGGCGACGGCCGAGUUUAUUGGUGGCCACGAGUUUGCCGGUGACGUCGUGCAGGUUGGUGCCGGCGUCGAAGGCUUCGCAGUCGGCGACCGUGUGCUGGCACCUGUUCCGGGCCUUUUUGGCGCCAUCAUCGACGAUAGCAACAAGGACAGUCCGAUGGCCCGCAGCAAAGCCGGUGCGUUCUGCGAGUACGUGCCCGUUGCCGUCGACAUGGUCGUCCGCCUGCCGGAGAGCAUGAGUUACGAGGACGCCGCCGGGCUGAGCGUCGUGACCUACGCCGCCGGCCUGGCACUCUACCAGACCCUGCAGCUUCCCCUUCCCUCCGUCGAGCCGCGCCCCGACGCCGAGACAGCAGCCGCCAAGCCCACCUACGUGCUGGUCUCCGGCGGUGCAUCGGCCUCGGGCACAAUUGCCAUUCAGCUGCUCAAAGCCUCCGGCCUUGCCCCAAUUGCCACGUGCUCGCCCGACAACCGCGAUAUGCUCCUCGCCCUCGGUGCCGUCGAGACGUUCGACUACCACAACGCGUCGUGCGGCAUGGAGAUUCGCAACUACACCCAAAACAGCCUCGCUCAUGUUAUCGACUGCGUCACCCAAGCCGAGUCCAUGAAGCUGUCCUACGAAGCCAUUGGCUCUGCGGGCGGCCGUUACAUCGCGCUCGACCCCUUCCCGACGCGCAUCCAAUACUCCCGCCGCGAGGUCCAAGCGGACUGGAUCAUGGGGCCCACUCUGUUCGGCGAGGCCGUCAAGCUGGCUGGCACGUAUGGUCGUCCGGCCCGCCCGCAGGACCGGCUGUUCACAUCGCGCCUGUUUGGUCUCGUGGAGCGCAUGCUGGCUGCCGGAACUCUGAAGCCGCACCCGGUCGAGUUGCGGACGGGAGGCCUGUCGGCCGUCACACAGGGCAUUGAAGACCUGCGCAUGGGUCGUGUGCGGGCCCGCAAGCUGGUCUACCCUGUGGUGUAA